AUGUCGGCCGAUAAUUUCGUCGCGCCCGGUCAGCAGCGCUACCUCCGCGCCUGCAUGGUCUGCUCCAUCGUCAUGACCUACUCUCGCUUCCGCGACGAAGGCUGCCCCAACUGCGAAGACUUCCUCCACAUGGCCGGCUCCCAGGACCAGAUCGAGAGCUGCACGUCCCAGGUAUUCGAGGGCCUCAUCACCCUCUCGAAUCCGAAGCGCUCCUGGGUGGCAAAGUGGCAGCGCUUGGAUAACUACGUGAGGGGCGUCUACGCGAUCAAGGUCUCCGGUCAGCUGCCCGACGAGAUUCGCAACACGCUCGAGGAGGAGUAUAGGAUACACUACAUUCCGCGCGACGGAACAGAGACGGAGGUUGAUGCUUGA